CUGCUGCCGCUCCUGCUGCUGCUCGGCCUGGCCCGCGGCGCCACCGGAGCGCCGGGCGCGGACGGUUCAGAUGUCUGUGCCAGUUGCCAUAAACAUGCUACAUGUAAGCAAGGAGAGGGGAAGAAGAUGUGUAUUUGCAACUAUGGAUUUGUGGGCAACGGGAGAACCCAGUGUAUUGAUAAGAACGAAUGUCAGCUUGGAGACACCGUGGUCUGCGGGAACCACACAUCUUGCCACAACACUCUCGGAGGCUUUUAUUGCAUCUGCCUAGAAGGCUAUCGAGCCACAAACCACAACAAGACCUUCAUUCCCAACGAUGGCACCUUCUGUGCAGAUAUAGAUGAAUGUGAGGUUUCCGGCCUGUGCAGGCAUGGAGGUCAGUGUGUGAACACUCACGGCAGUUUUGAGUGCUACUGCAUGGAUGGAUAUUUGCCAAAGAAUGGGCCUGUGCCUUUCCACCCGACCAGAGAUGCCACGUCCUGUGCAGAAAUAGACUGUGGCCCCCCUCCUGACGUCCCAGAUGGCUAUAUCCUAGGAAAUUAUACCUCUAGGCUUGGCAGCCAGGUUCAUUAUGCUUGCAGAGAAGGAUUCUUUAGUGGCCCAGAAGACAUGGUUUCAAGCUGCACAGCCCAGGGCACAUGGGAGCCUCCCAAAUUAAAUUGCCAAGAGGUCAGCUGCGGCCGCCCUCCAGAAGUGCCACACGCCAUGCUUGUGGGGAAUCCCAGCUCCCGCCUGGGCAGCGAGGCUCAGUAUGUCUGCCAAGAGGGCUUCGAGAGUCCUGGAGGAAGGAUCACUUCUGUCUGCACAGAGAAAGGCACCUGGACAGACAGUACUGUGACAUGCACAGAAAUCAUUAUAGAAAUUAAUAAUGUAUCCGUGUUUAAUAAUACCUGUGUGAGGUGGCAAAUCAAUGCGGGAAGAAUAAAUCCCAAGAUCACAUAUGUGAUAAACAUAAAAGGACAACAGUUGGACCCUGUGGAAUCAGAUCAUAAGGAGACCCUCACCUUCACCACAGACAGCCAGACUCCAGAAGUGUGCCUGGAUCUCUAUCCAGGUACCAACUACACUGUGAAAAUUUCCACCGCCCCUCCCAGGCGCUCCAUGCCAGCCACCGUCGGGAUCUGGACAGCUGUAAAACAGACCAUUGGUAACAUUUCAAUAUUUAAUGAAACCUGCUUGAAAUGGAGAAGUAUGAAGACCGCUGAUACACAGGAGAUGUAUUUAUUCCACAUUCAGGGCCAGAGAUGUUAUCAGAAGGAAUUUGCCCAGGAAAUGAUCUUUAAUGUCACUAUCAGCAGCCAGACUCCUGAGGUGUGCUUGGACCUGCGUCCAGGCACCAACUACAGUGUCAGCAUCCAGGCUCUGUCUUCUGAAUUCCCUGUGGUCAUCUCCCUGACAACCCCAAUAACAGAGCCUCCUCUUCCAGAAGUAGACUUUUCUACAGUGCAUGGAUGGCCUCUUCCACGCCUGAGACUGAGGAAAGCUAAGGAGGAUAAUGGGCCUAUCAGUUCUUAUCAGGUGUUGGUGCUGCCCCUGGUCCUCCAAAACUCAUUUUCUUGUGCUUCUGUACGGGCUACCUCAUUUUUUAGCAACACCUCUGAUGCUGAUGGGUAUGUGGCUGCAGAACUACUGGCCAAAGAUGUUAAAGAUGAUGCCAUGGAGAUCUCUAUUGGAGACAGGCUGUACUAUGGGAAAUAUUAUAAUGCACCCUUGAAAACAGGCAGUGAUUACUGCAUUAUAUUACGAAUCACCAGUGAAUGGAAUAAGGUGAGAAGAUGCUCCUGUGCGGUGUGGGCUCAGGUGAAAGGUUCCUCAGUCACGCUGCAGCAGAUGGCAGGUGUCGGGCUGGGCUCCGUGGUUGCUGUGAUUAUCCUUGCAUUCCUCUCCUCCUCAGCAGUGUGAUUGCAGACAGCAGCUGUGUGGGGAAGAGGCGCUGCUGCUGGGGCACAUCCUGCCACAGCUUCUCAGGUGCCCACAUAGAGACUCCAGCCAGGUGGCUUCCAUCCAGGUGUGAAUGUGGGUCUACAAAUUUCUCCUUUCCCAGCUUCACCCCAUUCCUGGACUCGUGACAGUGACUGUCUCUAUGGAAUCUCCUAAAAACAGAAAACACAGGAAUUGCCGAUGCCAUCCCUGCUACAGGAAAAUUUCUGUGUCUGUGAACUUGAGAGCCUUGACAUACAAUGUAAUACUGGUCGCAGGCUGUAGACCACAUGGGCUGGACCUGUGUCUUCCGCUGAAUGGUACCUGAGAAUCAACGCCUUUAUACGUAAAUGCAAGAGUCUGUGCAUCCUCUUUCCUAUCAUCUCUGAUAAUUCAUUUAGAACCCAUUCUAUUAUAGUAUGAUGGAAGGGCUUCACUUGGGGCUAGUAGUUGACUUUAUGAAGGAGAUAAUUGAAAUGGUAAAGAACACUGGUCUAGGCAAACUUGUCCGACUCUUUAGAAGCAGCCCCUUUCCUACAAUUAAUUGACAUACUGAUUACAAAGUAUAGCAGCCUGUCUGCUUUGAUGCAGUUCUCAUUGUUCAUUCACUAAAAAAUACUCUGUAGUUUGGACUGUUCUUCUGUGUGAAUGGUAUAUUUGGUUAAUUUUUAAUUUUUUUAAUUAUUGAGACUUCUCCUAAAAGUGCACCUGUCCCCCUUCAGAUUGGGAGGUAGUAUAGUGUCGGCAGGUUGAAACAGUGUCAAGCUCCUGUCCAGAGUCCAGGUGUGCAUACAUGGAGGGGGGAGCAGUGUGAGGGAAGCGACCACUCCCUGUAUCUGCUCCCUCCGGAGCUGUAAUUGUCACUCACUGUAUUAAGAACCAUGACACAUACCAUGUAAGCAGUGCUGAGCCAAUGUCCAUCUGCUGGACUUGUAGAUGGGGUGUAUUCGAUCUCACUUUUAAAACCUGAAACAAUAUUCUCUCUCCUUUCUAAUUGACAGCCUAGCUCCAAAACUCAGUAAAAGUGCCAAAGAGAAGAAAGACAGGCUUGUGGCUUCUCUAGGUAGCAGUGUUGUUCUUCCCCUUUUCCUCCCCCCCCCCCUUUCUGAGCUGGAGAAUAGAAAUAGGGGAUGGGGGAGAAGAGGGACAGUCUCAUGGCAUGACCUCAGGGUGCGGCAUCUGUGAAUGUGACCCUGGAACUGUGCGACGUUGCAGUCCUGAAUAUAAGGGAUAGACUCUCCAUGGUGUGUCAGCGUGUCCUCUGCAGCUUGUGGGCUUUGGUGGGGAUGGCCUGGGCAGCCUGGGCAGGUGAGAAGCUAAGGAGACAAUAGGAGCAAAGGAACAGGUGGCAGCUCUCCAUGAAGCGGCUCAUCCCUGGGGAGUCCCACCCAAGGUGUGUCCACUGAGUUGGGGAGAGUCAGAGGGUGGAAGUGAUAUCUGACGCUAGGGUCUCCGUGCCAACUGUCAGCCCCUGGCCCCCACUGGUGUUAAGCAGUAUUUGGAACAAUUCUUUGAGGUACUAUCUCAGGCUACAACUUAGGAUCAACAUUGAGAAUCUUUCUUGUGCUCAGGUGAAUCACAGAGGACAGCUCUCAGUAGACAGAUCCAGUAACAUUCUUUCCUUUGUGUGAACUUGAAUACAAACAGCUCUUGAACUAAAUUUGGAAUCACUCCAAAUUACUGUGCUUAGUAUAAGGUGGGGUAGCUGAUGAGUAAGAAUUUUCUUCAAAGCCCUCUGUAUCCAAAGAGAGAGUCUGUACUUGCCUGUUGUUAUCAUUCAUACACACACACACACACACACACACACACACAUGUAUUUGUGGUUUAUAAAAAUAUAGGACCCUCACCCUUCUUCCCAGCUCUAGAAUUAACUGUAGCUCUAAAAGCUGCAGUUUUCCACAUGGGAACUUAGCAUAAUUGUCAUGGAAUGGAAGAAAUCUACUUACUUUACUGGAUAAAAUAACUGACUGAAUAUUAAGUAAACUGUUAAGUAAAAUAUACCUCUGGGUACAGUGCAGAAAUGUAAAACCAGUUCAUGAAAGAGUACUAAAAUAGCAAAAUAUGGACAUUGUUAUUUCCUCCAAGUAUUCCAAAUUGUAACUCAGGGUUGCUCAGUAUUAAUAUUUAAGAGAAGCAGGUGCUCAGUAUUUGCAAAAGAAAAAAGAAAGAAAAAAAUUUCUGCAGUUCUGUCCUAAUAAUUUUUUUCCUAAAUAUGAAGGCAGCUUGAAGUUCUCUGAAUUCACUUGGUAGCUUUACCACAAUGCUGCUGUUGUUUUUAAUCCAACUGGACUCCUGGUUAAGGUGGGAGGUCAUCUCGGGAGACACCACUGAGUGGGUCUCCCUGGAUGAAGGCAGGUCUUUCCAUCAAAACACUUAUUGGGGAGUGCUCUGAGUUGGGUUAUGAACCCCACGGAACAAACAGACCCAAAGGAGAGGCUGGCAUAAGGGGCUUCUCCCUAUUCACUGUCUUGAGGACAGUGUGCCGAUAUGAGCAGUAACAGCUGAUCUUGAGCGCCCUUCUAGACUAGGAAUCAAAGUUGGGGGGUUACCCAGACAUGGAGCAGAUUGUUCCUGGACUGAUUUUUGUGUAUGUGCCCAUAAUUUUUGUUUCGUGUGUUUUGUCCUUCCAUUCUUUUUUUUUUUUUUUUAAGAUUUAUUUAUUUAUGCAUACAAGAACUGGGGUACAGGCCAGAUGCUUGGAGCAUGGGAGGAUCUACCAGAGACAGAGCGGGGAACAGAACAGGCAGAUUGAUUGAAAUACACUGCUGAGGGGAACAGCAGGCGAGUCAGGAGAGGUCUGCUGCACCAUGUGGUAGCUCCCUGGCUGGGGAUUGAACUCGUGCUGCAGUGGCUGUGGAUAGCUUCAUAGGUUGCGUCUUAACCCCUUGAGCCACCAGGGAGGCCCUGUCCUUCCAUUCUUAUAGAAGUUCUGUAUGAUAGGAAGGUUAGAGGUUAUUGGUCCCAAUUUCAGAAUGGAGAAUAGGUACAGAUACAGGUGUGUGUGUGUGUGUGUGUGUGUGUGUGUGUGUGUGACCAGGUGCCUUUAGGAUUAUAGCACAGCUUUCUUAUUAUACCUUUCUUUUAACUGUAAACUACCUCCUCCGCACCCCCCAUCACUUCUCGAAGGAGCCACUAACAACCAAAUAGUUCAUUGUUCAUUGUCUCUAACUCAGUACUUGAAAGUGUACCUGGGUACUUAAGGUACACUGAGAAUAAGUGAUUAUCCUGAAACUCCACCGUAGGUUAGAAAAAAGUCAAUAUUUGAAUUGUUUUUAAAGGAAGUAGAUAAUUUUCAGUGUUCCCUUUUGAGUGCUAUCUCACAUUUUGAUUUUCUAAGCCUAUUUUCCCAUACUGUUGGUCUGAGAGAAAGCCAGUGCAAAUAGUGUCAAUCAAAUUGUAUUUAAAAGACCUUUUGUCUACUGCCCCAUAGUUGGUUAAAUUGAAGUGCCUGGUUUGGAAGAGGAUAGAGGGUAUGACUUUAUUCUAUCUAGUUUGUGAGCAGGUGAUACAAUGGAGCAAAUUCAUUUCAAAACAGUGUUAUGUUCAUAGUUUCAGGGAGAGGGAGGAGUUAAUCAUGUUGGUGAUCUGUGUUUGUGUGGCCCUGUGUUUCCAUAUUCAUAAUUUUGGGGCUCAACUCAGGGGAACCCCAAAAUGGGAUCUGUGUGUGUAGGUUUUUUUACAUGCUCCUUUUAUUAAUCAGCAGAUCCUGGAUAUGCUUUUCAUGAUAAUAAUGACUGCAUUGAAAAGUUUGCACCAUAAUUAAUUUAACCAAUACCCUAUUGUGCAUUGUGCAUUGAAAGUGUUUCCAGAUGUUUGCUGUUCUCGUGCAAGUCUGUAUAAUUGUAUGCAAUUAUCACAUGGGCUAAAUUCCUAGAAGUGAAAUUGUUGGAAUGAAAAUGAUAUACACUUUAUGUUUACUACACAUUGUUAGAGGAAUCUCACACAACGUUUAUGCCAAUUGACAUUCUCACCCGCAGAAAGCCUCAACACCACGGGCAUUGUUGAAAUUGUUCAUCCUGAUUAAUCUGGUAUGUGAAGAAUGAUGUUUCAGUGUUCUGUUUGCAUUUCUCUGACAAGUUUGUAGGUUGAUCGGUCAUCUGUGAUUCUGUCUUGGUGAAUUGCCUUUUUUUCCUUAGUACUUGGUCUGUUUUUAAUGAUUUGAAAGAGUUCUUUGUAUCAUAGUAAUUUUCACUUUUAGCUGUCAUAUCGUUUGUAAACAAGUUUUCCAGUUUAUAAUUUCCCUGUACUUUGUGUCAUACAUAGCCACAUAAGAACUUUAAGUUUGUAUAGUCAAAUUUACCUGUCUUUUUCCUUACAGAUUUUGUGUUUGGUGCCAGUCUCAAGGUAAUAAAUAUAACCUAGCAAUUUUUAAACAUUUAAAUUUCCAAUUCAUCUGAAAUUUAUUUUAUUAUUAGAAGUAAGGUGGGGAGCAAUCUUUUUGUGUUGUUGCUCAGUGGUGUAGCCAUGUCCUAUUAAAAUUCAGUGAUGUUCUGCUUUUCCCCUUGUGAGUUGAAUCAUAUACUAAAGUCUAUUUCUGAAACUUCUCUUGCUCUGCUGAUCUAUUUCUGUGCCAAUACCACCUGCUGUAACUUUAAAAUAGGUUUUUUAUACCAAGUAAAAAUUAGUUAUCACUCUUUUUCUAUUAAUGCUCAGGGUGUACUCAGCUUUUAUUAUAUAUUUAAUCAUAUGUGCAUAUUUAUUUUAUACAUAAACUAAAGAAUUAUUUGGUCAGAUCCCCUCUCCCCACAAAUCUUAGUAUUUUUCUUGGGGAUGUUUAAUAAAAAGUGCUUCUGUUCCAGAACUUGAUAUGUAUCACCAUUUAAUUUUUUAGUGUGUUCCUUUCUAGAGUAUUCUAGUU